AUGGAGAUGGAAGUUGACAGCCAAAGCGAGCUCAACAACUUGAUCGAAGAUGUCGUAACUGCCUCCAAAGUUCCCGCCAAACGUCGUGGGGGCCCCAUCAGGCCGACUGUUGACAAGCUUGCCUCGGCGACCUACGAACACGGCCUGCUGCCCGACCCUCUCAAGGACCUUAUCGUCCUCCUAACGCAGACGAGCCACCUCGACCAGGCGAGCUUGGGCUCCAUUGUUAGGAAUCUCUACCCCGCAUCCUCCGUCUCGAGCGAUGUCGUGCUGCAGGUGGUGGGCUGCCUGGGUAUCGGCGAGCUCAAGCCCUCGCUACCCAUUCAGGCUGCGCUGCUGAGGUGGCUGGUCAUGAUUUACCAUGAUCCAGGCGGUACUGGCAAAGACCCGGCAUUAGUUGGUCUGCUGAGAAUCUACAAGGACUACUACCCGGAGAUCAUCGUCGGCGACGCCGUCAGGGGACGAGCAUCCGCCUUCAAGCAUCCGGAUGUCGAUUGGCGACUUAGAUUAGACGAGAUACAGGCUGCCCAUUCAGAAAAAACCAGAGAAAAUGCAGCCUCUGCCCCUCAAAGUGGCUUCCAGGUUCGCCACAAGUACUUUGGGAGGCCGAAGGCAUCUGUCAUACCAUCAGUCCGCACGGCACAUGCAACGGAACAAUCGGUAACUUUGGAGGAAAUCAAUAACGCAGCGACAUUUGUCCAGCACAUCGAAACCAUUAUGCUGCCAAGCCAGCUGGUUGCUGUCCUGGCGGACCCGCUCCUUCAGAAGUUUCUCUUGCUUCGCCCAGAUGAGGAGGCGUAUACGAGGAUACACAACUGGAUUUCCGCGGUUCUUCAAGAUAUCAGGACUGGAGAUGCGGAUUCGAGUACUAUUAAUGAAGUGCUUGGCGUGCUACGCGAGUAUGUCGCUGUUACCAAGAAACUCCCACCGUUAAUACUGAACUUUUUCGUCGACUUCUUUAAAGUUUGGAAUGGCCAUGAUGGACGAGACUCCGUACUCGGAAUCCUCCCUUACACACCAGUCCUGGAGUUUGAGAAACUCUACGAAAAUAUAUUCCAUCCCCUAGAAACAUGUGUCCUUGACAACAGCGCUGAGUCGCAACUGUCCCUGCUCAAGUUUUACACGGAGCUAUUACGGCACUGGUACGCGUCACUCCUCACGUCAGACGAAGUCCUCGAAUAUGCUCCGAGGACAAUUACAUCUGUCGUCGACCACGCCCACCAGCUCGCCCUCACUAUCACGCAAACCAGCCCGACCCUCGCGGCCGAGUUCGCCGUGAUCGAGUUCCUAGAGCAGUACAUACCCAUCCUCAACGACGAGCGUCUCCGCAAAUACGUCCCCAUCCGCAACCCCCCGGACACUCUCGUAUACACCCUCUUCUUCAGCCAAUCACUCACCGUCGUUUCCCGCCUCUGCACCGUCUUGUCCAACUACAAGCAAGGGUUCCAAAUGGCCAUGGCCGCCAAAAAGUCAAAGACCCCUACCCCGGGCGCCCAGCCCAUCACCUCCUCCACAUACCCCCUCGACUACAUCAACCGCUUCAACGGCUUCCUCAUGGACAUUUGCAACUGCGUGUGGCGCAUGCGCGCCUUCACCGACACCGACCCAAACGCCCUAGGCUGCCUCGUGCCGCGGUCCCGCGUCCGCCUCUUCGAGAAUUACGUCGAGUCCCUCCCCGGUUCGGACGCCCCGCUCGCCCUCUACUUUGGCCUCUCGCACUCGCCCGUCCUCAGCUUCCAGUCCAUCCUGGCGCUGAGGCAGCUCGAGGAUGAGGCGCUCGAGAAGAAUCCGAGGGCGCUGGCUACGAGGCACCCGGGACCCGUGACGCAGGCUAGCUUGGUGAGGUUGAGAGAGGAUGGGGGAUUGGUGCUUUCGUGGCAGGAUUAUAGGUUGGCGGUGUUGCAGCGGCUGGAGGAGGAGGGGUUCUUGGGGAUUCCGGAUUUGAUGAGGAAUACUAUGAAGAUUUUGAAGGCGGGGUCUCGGGCGAGAUGA